GAAGUAAACAAUCAUUCGCCCUCGGGGCGCGUUAGCGACAUAGUCGUGCCAACACCGCCUGUUAUAAACGACAGUAUUGUCCUACUAGGACUUACUGGCAUUUAUGACGAAAAUAAUCUGGCAAGAUGAAGGAAUGCCUUAAUAUUUCAACUCUACCAAGCCCUUUAGACCGUUAUGAGCUCGGAACAAAACUUGGCUCAGGAAUCUUUGGUGACGUACACAAGGCUAUAGACACACAAGCCGCUGGAAAAGCUGUCGCAGUUAAAAUUCAAAUACAUACAGAUGAUAACGAAAACCACAUACAAGAAGAGUAUAAGAUUCUAAGAGAUUUUACAAAACACCAGAACCUGAUAGAUUUUUAUGGAGUAUUUUGUGAGAGAUCAGAAGAUGUUAAGAGAAUAUGGUUUGUUUUAGAGUUGUGCGAAUGCGGAUCUGUUAUCGACAUUGUCAGAAAGCUACACGCGGCCGACAGAAAAAUGUCUGAGGAGCACAUCGCAUACAUCCUAAAAUAUACAAUCAAGGCUGUAGUUUAUUUGCACGAGAACAAAAUAAUACAUCGAAAUAUAAGAUGCAGUAAUAUUUUAAUCACGAAAGACGGUGAAGUGAAACUUUCAGAUUUUGGGCUAUCUUGUAAACUAAAGGGUACACAUGAAAAAAGUAAAUCAAAUAUUGGAUCGCCAAGUUGGAUGGCUCCAGAGGUCGUGACGUGUGAUGACGAGGGCUAUGGUAACAGAGCUGAUGUUUGGGCUUUAGGUAUAACUACAAUUGAAAUGGCAGAUGGCAAAGGUCCUUUUCAAGAAAUGCAUCCUACCAGGGCAUUAUUCCAAAUUGUCAGAAACCCACCACCAAAUUUAGCGAAACCGGCAAUGUGGUCGAAUGACAUCAAUGAUUUCAUUACAGAAUGCUUAGAAAAAAAUCCUGAACAUCGUCCCUAUAUGAUGGAACUAACAGAGCACCCAUUCAUACAAUCUGUACCUGAAAAUGAUUAUCAUCUGUCAACGGAAUUAAAAUUUUUAGCAAUGGAUUUGAAACAAACAGACGCUCCAAUUAAAAUACGAGAAAGGAUAAUAAAAAACGGUGUUUUGAUAACUGAAGGAUCACAUAAUCCAGAAAUUAUGCAAGUAGAAGACCUGGCUGCUUUAGAAGUUUUAACGGAAGAUAACAUUCUUGCUGAAUUACAGACUAAACUAGUAAAAGGUUCUUUCACAUCUUUUGUGGGAGAUAUUCUUCUUAUUCUCAAUCCUAACAUAAAGAACGAUAUUUAUAAUGAGCAUUACCAUAAAAAGUAUGAAUGUAAAAGUAGGUCCGACAAUGAGCCACAUAUCUUUGCUGUAGCAGAUAGCGCAUAUCAAGAUGCCCUGCAUCACAAUGAGCCACAAUAUAUAGUGUUUACUGGGGAAAGUAAAUCAGGGAAAACAACUAAUAUGCUUCAUGCAUUAUCACACCUAACUUUCUUAGGCGCAAUGAAAAACAAUACAGCUGAAAGAAUACAAAAGGCUACAAAAAUUAUUCAAGCUGCUAUUACUGCUGCUACACCUAUAAAUAUUAAUUCUACAAGAGGAAUUUUUCAAAUACAAGUGACAUAUGGAAGUUCUGGGAAACUUAGCGGCGCUAUAUUUUGGCUAUAUCAAUUAGAAAAAUGGCGUGUAUCGUCUACUGAUAUGAGUCAGGCAAAUUUCAAUCUUCUAUAUUAUUUCUAUGACGCUAUGGAAGCAGCAAAUAGAUUAGACGAGUUUAAUUUAGAAAAAAAUAGAAAACACCGAUACUUAAGAAUACCAGAAGAACUGUCAAAAAUCAUGAAUAGUGCAAGAGAAAGUACUGAACACAAUACAAAUAACUAUAAGGAAUUUGUAGAAAACUUGAAGAUAUUAGAUUGGGAAACGGAGGACAUAAACUUUCUAGAAACUGUAAUGGCUGCGAUUCUGGUUCUAGGUAAUGUCAGGUUUAAAGAUAGCAAAAAUGGUUUCGCUGAAAUAGAAAAUCCAGAAGAAGCUAAAAAGGUUGCUAAAUUAUUAUGUCUUGAAGAAGUAAAAUUUCUAUGGGCUCUUCUUAACUAUUGUUUGAUUGAAAGUGGAACAGCCGUAAAAAGGAAACAUUCUACUGAUGAAGCAAGAGACGCUAGAGACACUUUAGCUAGCGCUUUGUAUAAAAGACUAGUUGAUUGGAUGAUUAAUUUGAUAAAUUCCAAGUUAUCAUUCAUGCGAUCUGUUUUUGGAGAUAAAUAUUCAGUAAGUUUGCUAGACAUGUUUGGCUUCGAAUGUUUUCAUAGAAAUAGAUUAGAACAGCUAAUUGUCAAUACUACAAAUGAACAAAUACAGUUUCUGUACAAUCAAAGAGUAUUUGCAUGGGAAAUGCAAGAGGCAGCAGAAGAAGAAGUUGUCACGGCUUCAUUAAAAUUUUAUGAUAAUAAAAAUUCCGUUGAUCAACUUAUGGGUAGACCAAUGGGUCUAUUUUAUAUUCUAGAUGAAGCAAGUCGGACUGGAAGUGGACAGGAGUUUAUUAUGAGUACAAUAAGAACAACAUGUAAAGGACCAUAUAUAAGAUUAUCUGGAAGCCAUGAAUUCAGUGUAGCUCAUUACACGGGCAAAAUAAACUACGAUGCCCGAGAAAUGGCGGAUAAAAAUAAAGAUUUUCUUCCUCCGGAAAUGAUUGAGACUCUGCGAACUUCAACAAAUAUUACAGUGCAACAAUUAUUCAGAAACAAAUUAACUAAAACUGGUAAUUUGACAGUAUCACCAAGUCAGCCAAAAGUGGUAGUGGAAAGAUCGAAAUCUGAGAAAGAGAUAGAGAAUAUGAAAGCAAGGAAAUACAAUACAGUGUCAAGAGGACAAUUCUCACAAGUGCAUAGAAUGAGGACGGCGGCGGCAACAUACCGGGCCUGUAGCUUAGAAAUCCUUAAACAAUUAUCUAUGGGCCCUGGUAGUGGAGGAACUCACUAUGCAAGGUGUAUUAGAGCAGAUUUAAAUGAUAAUCCAAGAGGAUUUCAAACAGAAAUCGUUAGGCAACAAUUAAGAGCUUUGGCUAUCUUAGACACAGCUAAGGCUCGUCAAAGUGGAUAUUCUUGUCGUAUACCUUUUGCUGAAUUUAUUCGUCGAUAUCGCUUUUUAGCGUUUGACUUUGAUGAAAUUGUAGAAGAAACAAAGGAUAAUUGCAGAUUACUAUUGAUUCGACUGAAGAUGGAAGGCUGGGUAUUGGGGAAAACGAAAGUGUUCCUAAAAUAUUACAAUGAAGAAUUCUUGUCAAGGUUAUAUGAAACACAAGUGAAGAAAAUCAUAAAGGUGCAGUGCAUGAUGCGAGCAUAUUUAGCCAGAAGGAAAACUGUAAAAAAUAAAGCCAAAAUAUUGCACAUAAAAGAAAUAAAGAAACAACAAUCAUUGAAUGUAUCUGAAGAUGAAGCUGCACUAUUAAUACAAAAAGCAUAUCGUGGUUAUAUAGUACGAAAGGCAUACGGUCCGCUUAUAAACAAAAGUACAGGUCAAAUAGACGAGGAAACAGCGAGAUUUCUCAAGAGGUUUGCCAUGAAAUGGAAAAGCAGAUCUAUAUUUCAGGUUUUGCUACAAUACAGAGCAAUUCGUUACCAAGACUUAGUUCAUUUUUCGCAACAGGUGCAUAUCUACAACCAAGCUGUAUUAGAAGCUCUUCUGACUACCAGCACAUCAGUACUAUUGGACAGAGUCAAUCCCCAAACAAAGGAAUGUGACUUUCUAGGAUCUGGGCCACCGACAGUCUGGAAGCUGCCAUUUCGUAUCGACCAACUGCAGUAUUAUGACACAUCGUACAUGUGCGAUCCUACAGCUAAAUGCACCGACACAUUUGCCAGUCAAUACGAUUCCGACCACGAACAGUGGGACGAACCGUUGAAACGGCGAUUUAGUUCAGCACAACCCGAGGUCACUGUGACAUCUACAAGCACACAGACGCUCAUGACCGUCCCAUUCUGCAGAGACCCCACACAACCUGUGCCAAAGUUACCAGCCGAUGAACCAGCCAAACCUUCAGUUACUAACCAAGCGAGUAAAGACAGUCACUACUCCCGACCUACUGUAUAUAAAAAGAAGCCAAGCCAUUCUCAAGCUUAUUACCAACCGCCCGAGCCUUGGAUUAAACCACGCGACGACACGGAUAUCCUGGAAGACAGCGCUCCGAGAUUACGUAAAACAAAUUACAGUAGAAGCUUAUACAGCAUUGAUGCUCCUAACAUGGAAAAUCCUAUUAAAGAGUUGCAGGCUUUAGCGAAAUCAACCAGUGAUAUGAACGAUGAUGAUCCACCGUUUAAUUUUCAAGCAAUGCUAAAGAAGACACCACGGAACAGAGCAUCUAUGAAAAGGUCUGGUGAAAUGGAUAAUGGCAUUACAGAAGAGAAAAUACCGCAAACGAAAAUUGGUAAAGGUAUUUGUGCGUCUAAAGUUUCACCUAUGCCAUCUGGUAAAACGACUCCAGUUAGUGGUAAAGCCAGUCCAGCACCUCAACGACCAAGCAGUAGAGACUUGAUCAGAAAAGAUUCUAAAGAUCUAAUCAUAUCAGUCUUAAAAAAGAGAGAUUCCAAAACGGAUCUGAUUUGCAACAUUGAUAAUAACAAAUUUGAAAACGAAAUAGUUGAAUUAGCUCCAGGGAUCACCGUUGAAGGAACUGUUACGGAUUUAUAAAAAAACAAUUGUUAUUUUGUAAAAAAUAUAUAUUUAUUUUCCAUUGCUUGGAAGUCCAAAUACGUGCUUUUUAAAUAUUAUGGCGUAAUUAUUAUUAAUAAUUUUAGACAAUUAAGUUUUUAAAGCCAUACAU